AAUGAUGCUUUUCACGGUCAGAAUGCUGAUUUUCUUUUUCUUUUUCGGUGGAGAAGGAGGAGUUUAAAAAGAAAAGUACAAAGUGAGGCUGACAUUUCUGCAAACCCUGGCCUUGUUUGUGUUGCAACUCAACAUGCAUGGGCUUGUACCUGUGGGUCUUGUCAGGGCUCCUGUUGAGGAUGUCGUGGCAUGGGGAGAGUCACUGGAGCAGCUUCUGGAGUGUAAAACCGGCCAUCUGGUGUUUGAGGACUUCUUGAGGACAGAAUACAGCGAGGAGAACCUUCUAUUUUGGCUGGCUUGCCAGGAAUACAAGAAAAUUACCAGCAAGGCAGAAAUGAUUCUCGCUGCCAAAAGGAUCUACACAGAGUUUGUCCAAGUUGAUGCACCACGACAGAUAAACAUUGACUGCGUGACCAGAGAGGAAAUCAGUGGAAAUCUCUCACAGUCGGGGCCGAAUUGUUUCGACAGGGCGCAGAGACUGAUAUAUGCUCUGAUGGAAAACGACUGUUAUCCACGAUUUCUGAAAUCAGAAAUCUACCAAGCUCUCCUGGAACAGCAAUGAAAGCAGCGUGGAGGGGGAGACGCUCGCCUGACGUCUCCCUGAGUGAUUGAUUCUGCCCUUCAGCUGACUCUCCUAAGGAUCCCGGUUUAAACAAAGAAAGGCUAGUCUGUCUGGGAAAGUGAAAGGAGUUACAGAGCCGUAGGUGAGGAGACUGGCAGGAUGUAAGAGCAAAACACAAUCUAAAUUAUGUAUUUAGUCGCUUUUGAAGUCUAGUUUUAUUUGGAUUGCUUUUGUAUUGCACAAAAAGGACUGCAAUUCAGACAACAGACUGAAAAAGAACAGGCUCUGAAAUGUUGAUGUUUGCUUAUAAAAACAAGCAUCAAGAGUAAAAUGAGUGAGUGUAAGCACAACAUUAAGUGUCAUUAAAUUAAUACUAAUCAAAGCUGUCUGAAGGGUUCAUUUGCAAAUCUCUACCUGCUGUUUGUCCUUUAAGGAAAGCUGAUGGAUAGUGUUUGUUUCAGUUUAAAUGAAAUAUGAUUAUAUUCAAAGACUGAGUCCACCCUCUCCAUCUAUUUAACAUUAACAAACAACACUCUAUGUGCUGGUGGAGAAUCCAAAAUCCUGUAAUCUGUUUGCAUUUCUGAACAAUCAAUUAUUUGCAGUGUGUUUAGUCUGUGGCCAACCACCCAUGUAAUUGUGUUUUUGUUUGAAAAAACUCACAUUAAACUACAUUACCUGCAACUUGAAGCUCCUCACA